UACACCAGGGGAUCGACUCUCCUCUCCGCGACUGGGGCCACUGUCCUCUCCUGUAUUUGGUCCACUGUUCCCUACACCAGGGGUUCAACCGCCCACUUCCCAAUGGGAACAACUGUCCCCUACACCAACCAGUAUGCAGGUGACUGCGAUGCCCUCAUCUCUUGCGUUGCAUUCAAACUUCAAAAAAGGCUGCAGCUUUCCUAGUGGUCAGAGAUUGCCGUGUGGUCGUCCUGGGACUACAGCUGCCGAGUGUCUGAGGAGAGGAUGCUGCAGAGACGAGGCGACUUUCGCCUGUUACUACCCCAUGGAUGUAUGUUUGGCCGACAGGCAGUUCAUCUUUGUCGUUCCCUCCAACGUUGCUGGUUUGCCCAUAAACCCUGCACGUCUGAUGGUGGUGGGGAGGAGUAGCUGUAAACCAGUCAUUGCCAACAGAGACUUUGCCGUUUUCAAGUUUGGGGUGACGGAGUGUGGAACACAUUCUUACCAAAUUGGAGAAACAACCGUUUACUUGGCUGAAGUGCAGUCACCAAUCAGGAAGCGCGUCCUGCAGUACGGCAUCAUUACCAGGGAUAUUCCUGUCAGGCUUAUGGUUGAGUGUCGCUACUCAAAGGGCAGUUUGGACCUUGCGGACUCUCCGGUCCUUGCAGACCCUCUGGCGCCGCAGGCUUCUCAAAGCCGUUUGAUGAAGGGCUGGGCUAGUGCUGGAUACAUGGUGAAGAGUGCCAGCCUGCCAGCCUUGGUGAGGGCCAAGGGACUGUAUGGAGUCCAGCUUCGGAUUGCGCAGGAUGAGACCUUCACCAAAUUCUGCUCUGAGGAUCACCAGCCCCUGAAAGUUCUCCUGGGUAAACCUGUGUACCUGGAACUGCGAAUAAACGCUCCCAACCCUAAAGCCACUCUGGUGGUGCACUACUGCGUGGCCUACCCUCGCUCUGCUAAGAGUGCCUUGGUGCUGCUGUAUGAGGGUUGCCCCAACCCUCUCGAUUCCGACAACAUCUCGAUCCUCUACGUGGCCGGCCAAUCGCAGGAUCCCCACGUGCGGCGUUUUGAAGUGAAGGCCUUCCAGUUUAUGGACAAGUCCACCAAUAAAUACCUCAAUGAGGAGAUCUACUUCAUGUGCUCUACCGAGGUCUGUAUGCCGUCCCAGACUCCGUGUAAGGAGACCUGCUUUGAUGGCAAGUCUUCAUCUACCACAGCUGCAGAUGUGUUGAACUCAUAUUCUCAAUUAAAAGUCAAGCACUUUUAAAUUCAA